AUGUCCAGGUUUUGUCAAUUCCACAGGAAUCAUGGGCAUGACACAGAGGAAUGUAUUCAAUUGAAAAAUGAGAUCGAAGCCUUGAUAAAAAAGGGGUACCUUUCAAGAUUUAUAAAAAAAGAAGAUCCACAAAGGGAACCCCGUGAGCAGAGGAGACCCAAAAGGGACGAAAAGGAAGAACAGGUCAUAGGGGAAAUUGCUGUGAUCUUCGGAGGAUCUGGCAGUGGAGGAGGUAGCGGAGGCGCUCGCAAAAGGUAUACUAAACAGGUACUCUCGAUGGAGAGAGGGGAACCAAGUAGCAAAAGGAACAAACAAGAUGAUGAUAUCAUCUUUGACAGCGGAGACGAAGAAGGAGUACAACAACCACAUAAUGACGCACUGGUACUCUCCCUGUUGGUGGCGAACUACAAAGUUAGACGCGUACUGAUAGAUAACGGGAGCUCGACAAACGUUAUGUUCUGGUCAAUACUCGAAGGAAUGAAGAUUGGUAAGGAUAGACUCAAACCAAUCUUAGCCCCCCUGGUUAGGUUUGGUGGAGGCGUAGUUCAUCCCAUCGGGACAAUCAUACUACCAAUGACAAUAGGGAUGACCCCACAGCAAGUUACUUCACUAACAAAGUUCCUGGUGGUUGAUCGGCCUUUGGUAUACAAUAUCAUGUUCGGCCGCCCUUUGCUUAAUGCAGUUCAGGCUGUAACAUCGACAUACGACCUCAAGAUGAAAUUCCCUACGCCGCACGGGACUGGAGUGGUCAAGGGAGACCAAGCAGCAGCUCGGAACUGCUACGUAAUGACCCUGAAGGGGAAGAUGGAGGCAAGAAAAACCUUAAAUGUGGAAGACUUAGAAGUAAGGGGGGAAUACCCCAAAAUCAGCAUAGUGGAUGAAGACAUCACGCGCGUACCUCUAAAUGGCCACCAGGAAAGAUGCGUGCAGAUCAGGAGCCGCCUGCCUAACACCUUGAGAGCCGAGCUAAGCGAACUGCUGAAUGAAUUCGUGGACGUGUUCGCUUGGUCGGCCAAAGACAUGCUGGGCAUUGAUCCUGCCAUCAUAGAACACAGGUUACAGGUUGACCCCAAUCAUCGACCUGUGAAACAGAAGAAAAGAAGUUUUGCCAUGGAGUGA